AUGUCCAGUUUACUUUACCUGGGAGUACUUACGCUCGCCAUGGUCGCCAGUGACAUGAUUGAUGACUGUUUGAAUUCAAACCAUUCUUACUACAUGAAUAUUGUACUGCUGGAGGACAACACUUAUGAAUGGAGCAUGCCACUUGUGAAGGCGGCCGUGAAACAAGCUAUUCUAGCUGACAAGCAGGAGAACGAUAAGUAUGGUUUAGACUUCACUUUGACUGCUAACUUCAAUGGGUUCAACACCAACUUGUACAAGCGGCAGGGCUGCGGGAGCAGCACGUGCGAGGGGUUGACAAUACUCAAGAAACUAAAUGCUAAUGGUGAAGUCGGAUGUGUCAUGCUGGGGCCUUCCUGCACAUAUGCCACCUAUCAGUUAGUAGAUGAAAACAUUGGUCUGCGUUUAACCAUUCCCAUCAUCUCUGCUGGAAGUUUUGGCCUCUCUUGUGACUACAAGCCUAAACUAACCCGAAUUCUGCCUCCAGCACGAAAGAUCUGUGACUUUUUCCUUAACUUUAUGAAUGAAACUCUGCCAUUCAAGGAGGAUCCGUGGAGCCGAUUCUACGUCUAUAAGAAGACCAACAAUGCAUCUGAGGACUGCUUCUGGUAUAUCAACGCACUGACGGCAGCUACUAACAAGUUUAUGCUGGGCACAAACACAGAGACAAUUCAUGGAGAGGAGGGCCUGAAAAAAAUGUUCCAGUCUCCGAAAAGACACAGCAACAUUUUAAUCUUGUGUGGGGACACUGAUGAGAUGGUUUCAGUAAAGGAGCUGGUGGGCCAGAUUCCCAAAGACUUCCUGUUUAUUCUCCUAGAUGUGUACAACCCUGAUUAUUAUUUAAACACCACAUCUUCUGCUGGUAUGGAAAAUGUCUUAGUGGUCACUCUGCCGCAGAGAAACUACACCUCUGGCUCUUCAUUCAAUGAAACGGUAAACGAUUAUGUGGCAGGAUAUCAUGAUGGGACUCUGCUGUUUGGUAAAGCACUCAGAGAGAGGAUGCUCAGCGUACAAAAAUACAACGGGACCGACAACGGCUCUCUGGGUGACAACCCAUUUGGAAACAUCUCAUUUUAUGGUGCGCAGAACAGGAAAGAACGCUCUCUACAGAAGAAAUGGUCUCACAUCGAACCUCACCUGAUUGGCCCUCUGGAUGAGAAGGAAGUGUCUCUGAAGAUUGAUGAAGAUAAGAGGAAGGACAGUACAUACUUCAGGCAGCGAGGCCGCUACGACAAGAAGCCUGUAAUCAUGAAAGAGCUGAAAACCACAGAGGGAGACUUCACUGAGGACCAGAGGAUUGAGCUCAACACUCUGCUGCGCAUUGACUACUACAAUCUGACCAAAUUUUAUGGCACAGUGAAGUUUGAAUAUGGUGUGUACGGUGUGUUUGAGCUGUGUCAGAGGGGCUCCCUCAGGGGCAUGUCAUAUCUCCACUCGAGCAAUAUUGCAGUCCACGGCCGCCUCAAGUCCUCCAACUGUGUUGUCGACAACCGUAUGGUGGUCAAGAUCACUGACUUCGGCUGCAACACCAUGCUAAAACCAGGAAAAGGGUUUGCCUCUUCUCCCUCUGAUUGCAUGGGUUUGCUUCUGCUGUACACACUGAUAAAGAAUUGCUGGGAGGAAGACCCAGAACGGAGGCCAGAUUUUAAAAGAAUCGAGUUAACGCUUGGAAAUAUUUUCAGUAACCUCCAUAACCAAGCCACAGAGACGUACAUGGACAACCUGAUCCGUCGUCUGCAGAUGUACUCCAGGACUUUGGAGAAGCUCGUGGAGGAGAGAACGGCUUUGUACAAAGCUGAGAGGGACAGAGCGGAUCGCCUCAACUUUAUGCUUCUUCCUGGCCCAGUGGUGCGUUCCCUGAAGGAAACGGGGAGUGUGGAGCCGGAGCUGUUUGAGGAGGUCACCAUCUAUUUCAGUGAUAUUGUGGGAUUCACCACCCUCUGCUACUACAGCACCCCCAUGGAGGUGGUCGAUAUGCUCAACGAAAUCUACAAGAACUUUGACAGCAUUCUUGAUCACCAUGAUGUCUACAAGGUUGAAACAAUAGGAGAUGCUUACAUGGUUGCAUCCGGUUUGCCCAAACGUAACGGCAACAGGCAUGCAUUGGACAUUGCCCACAUGGCCCUGGACAUCCUAUCAUUUGUGGGGACGUUUGAGCUGGAGCACCUGCCUGGGAUUCCUCUAUGGAUCCGUAUUGGUGUACAUUCAGGCUUUCUAGCAUUUGUUUUUCAAUUGAUAUUUUACUGUUCCACAUUUUUUUUCAGAAUCAGUGUGAUACCUAAUUUUAGUUUUACAUCAUUACACAAUAAUCUAAAACAAUGUUACUGUCUCAGGGAGAACUUCCAGUCGCUUCAGAAGGAUCUGGCAGAGAUGAUCGUGUUAAGUCUGGAGAAGCGUGGAGGGGACAGCUUCAAAAAGAGGAAGACCCUGUCCACCAAAAUCCGCCGGAGGGAGACCAACAGCAGCGCGCAGAGCGACAGCCUGCCAGAGUACUUCCACCUAGCUGUCACUGAGAACCCGAGCACCUACCUGUGAUCAUAGAAGAGCUUUCAGCACAAGAUGUAGACUUUGUACAAGUUUGUCAAGUUAGAUUCAGGACUGCUGGGUUUCUUCGGACAGCUUUGUUCAUUCAUCGGUUGGAGAGACGACGCCGGAGCAGCAGCACUUCUCUUCAUCCCCAACAGCCUAACGCCUUGAGAUCAACUCGCCUUACUGAUCCUUUAAAGAUGUUAAGUAGUUAC